UGGAACUCCCCACAGAGAGAUUUUUUUGGAGCAAUUUGUGCCUUUCAUGUCCCAGGAGAAUGUCAAGAAUGUCACAGGCCCGUGGUCGGUGUGGGUCGGGUUGAGGUCUCAGCAGAAGAAGUGGACGUGGGUGGACGACACCCCCUACGACCCCCACAGGUUUAGGCACCUGCCGGAGCUGGAUGAAGGGUGUGGGACCCUGAAAGCCAAGAGCUUGGAGGUUGAUGGCUGUGCUGGUGACCACAAGUGGGUUUGCCAAAAAGCCCCUUUCCAGCUCUCCCUGCCCACGGCAGGAGACGUUGGGAAGCUGGAUUGUGCCUCCACCUGACACACUCGGGCACGGACCCCGUGUGGUACAAAAAUAAAUUUUAUUACAAUUUUUUCAUGGUUUAUGCACCCCGAUACAUCAGCAGUAAAUUCCUGUCAGUAGCUUUUCUCUA